AUGGAGCUCCCAUCCGUGCAACAGUACUUGAAGUUCCUGGAGGCCACGUAUUUUGGGAACAUGGGGAUGUGCCUGGAAUUCCUGGAAGCCAUGCCCAAAGGUUUUCCAAGCGCCUGUGUUGAGCAGGUCACUGUCCGGGAUUGCAGACCUUUGUUCGAGAUCCUUGCUGAGGGCGAUGGACGGAUCACUAUUGCAGAGUUUUGCAAGGGGUUGAUGCAGAUCAAAGGCCAAGCCCGUGCGCUAGACAUUGUGGUUUUGCAGCACGAAAAUUCCAAGAUGAUGGAGCAAAAUCACGAGAUUCUCACCAUUUUGCGAGCAUUCAGCCGGAAGUCCCGCACGGCUCGUGGAUCUUCAGCAGAGUGCUCACAGCGGCUGCAUGGUUCGGAAUCAUCGUCGCGACUGAGCCUGCCUACAUCGGAAAACGCAGCCCUCGAUGCCAAAUUUGCUGAGCAAGAGAAAGUGAUUCGGGAGCUGCUCAGUGGCAAUGGUGUCAUGAGCGAAAAAUGGAAACCCGAUCCCCCACUGAAAGCUUGUGUGAAAGGGAACCUGGACAUGCUGAUUGCUGGAGUGGUUGUGAUCAAUGUGAUCAUGAUGAUCAUUCAUUCUCAAUGGGUCGCUUGGAAGUCUGAAGUGGAGCUGAACUUGAUCGAGCCUUCAGAUUCCAUGUUCUCCACGCAGGCCUUUGAUGUGAUUGAGUAUAUCUUCUUCAGCAUCUACUGUUCGGAUAUGCUCGUGCGAAUGAUUGUGCUUCGAAAGGAGUGGUAUUUCGACCCCAAGGCCAUUCAGCUCUAUGUGAUGAGCGACGCGGACUAUGACGAGACUUUGUCAACUGCAGCCAAUGACGCUGAAUUGGUCAUUGAAGACUCCAGACGAACAGCCGUACAGUAUCAGAAGAAAUUGGAAGAGCUCUUCCGUCUUGUGGACGACGAUGGGGACGGAAAUCUUACACCUGAAGAAUUCGUGGAGGCUAUGUCUUUGCCAAGUGUGGACUUAUACUUGAGGUAUCUAGAGAUCACCAUCCGUGAUUGCGGUCCACUGUUUGACAUUUUGUCCGGCGAAGAUGGUCUCAUUACUAUCUCAGAGUUCUGCCAGGGCAUCAUGCAACUGAAAGGGAAUGCAAGGGCCUUGGAUAUGGUAGUGCUUCAGCACGAGAAUGCCAAAUUGAUGAAGGCGUGGAAAGAGAGGUGA